CGCUUCUCCUGGCGCUUGCUGCCCCUCGCCGGCGACCAGCAUGCGAGCGCUUGCUAUCGCAACUUCCGUGACGCUCGCCGCUGCAAUGGAGUGCCUGAAGAGCGAGGAGCCGAUGCAGCUCACGUUUAAGAUGCCGUUUGUCAACCGCAGUGACCUGCAACCGCGCGUGCCACCGAGCCGGUGCACGGUGCUCCACAAUGGUGUUGUGUGGUCCGGCGAGGCGGACGAGGCGCAUACGUCGAGACGGGCCUUCCGCGGCGCGUUGGUACUCCGAGGCAACCGCAUCGCCGCCGUUAUCGAGGCGGGUGAGGCGCUGCCGACCGAGAUCGACGGGACUGCGUGUGCUGCUGUCGAUCUGCACGGGCGGGCGGUCAUCCCCGGAAUGGUCGAGGGUCAUGCGCACACGGGUUUCGAGGAUAUCGCAGCGAUGACCGAUCCGGGCGACACGCCUCCGGAGGAGGGUGUACUCAUCGGCCUGUUGAAUGCAGGCCGGUUGCUCGAAGCUGGCUUCACAUCGGCCUUCUCAGCAGCGGGCGUGCGGCCGCGGCAGGACCCCGUCACGCGCAACUGGAUCAACGCGGGCCGGGCGCCAGGGCCGCGGCUGCUGGCGGCGUCGCCCGAGAUCACCGCGACGGGCAACCUCGGCGACGGCUCGGUGAUGCACCAGCAUCGCGACUCUUUUGGACUCGUGGCCGACGGCGCCGACGAGGUGAGGGCGGCGGUGCGUCGCUGCCUGCGGGAGGGCGCCGACACGAUCAAGAUCAACAUCGGCGGCGACCUCGUGCCGAUCUCGAAGCUCAGCGAGGAGCGUGACGACAUGCUUCCUGCGUACAGCGAAGCCGAGGUACGCGCGGCGGUCGAGGAGGCGCACAUGCGACAGAAGCGCGUCGCGGCGCACUGCCGCGGCUCAGCAGACGUGCGGAUGGCUCUCGCCGUGGGUGUGGACGUGAUCUAUCAUCUGGAUUUUGUCCACAAGGACUCGGCGCUGCUCGAUGCCCUCGCGGCCGCGCGCGACCACAUCUUUGUCGGCCCCGCCGUCGGCCUCAUGGCUGCCCUCGCGCCGAGUCUGCCCGACGUCCAGCUGCUCCUCGACGCGCAGGCCAAGACCUUCUCGGCUCUGCGGACUCGCGGCUUGCGCGUCGUCCUCGGCGGCGAUUACGGCUUCCGCGUGACCCCGCAGGGCACCAACGCCAACGACCUCCUCCUCUUCCAGCGGCACUUUGGCUACUCGCCCGAAGAGGCGCUCGUCGCCGCCACGCGACACGGCGGCGCGCUCAUGCGCCUGCCUGUCGGCCAGCUGCGCCCCGGCUGGCUCGCCGACCUCCUCGUGGUCGAGGGGCGGCCGUGGGAGGACUCCACGCCCCUCCUCGCAAACCUCACGGACGACGGCAGUGUCUCCACUCCUCGCAUCGCCGCCAUCAUGCAGGACGGGCAUUUCGUGCGCAAUCAGCUGUGAAAUGGUCAGAGAAGCG